AUGAUUAGUGCUGGAAACAGAACAGCCCUGCUGGAGGAGAGUGAAGAGCAGAAAUAUUAUGAUGUCAAAAGUAGAGAAAAAACUUGCUCACAGACUGAAUCAGAUUCUUUACUGAAAAGUACAGACAAGAAAAGUUUCAUCUGCACUCAGUGUGGAAAGAGUUUGAUGAGCAAACAGAGUCUUGUGUUUCACACGAGGAUCCACACCGGAGAGAAACCAUACACAUGUGAUCAGUGCGGGAAGAGUUUCACAUACAAACAGACUAUCAUUGAUCACAUGAGGAUCCACACUGGAGAGAAACCGUUCACAUGUGAUCAGUGUGGAAAGAGAUUCACAUGCAAACGGACUAUAAGUGUUCACAUGAGGAUCCACACUGGAGAGAAACCAUACAGAUGUGAUCAGUGCGGGAAGAGUUUCACAUACAAACGGACUAUCAUUGAUCACAUGAGGAUCCACACUGGAGAGAAACCGUUCACAUGUGAUCAGUGUGGAAAGAGAUUCACAUGCAAACGGACUAUAAGUGUUCACAUGAGGAUCCACACUAGAGAGAAACCGUUCACAUGCGAACAGUGCGGGAAGAGUUUCACUCAAUCAUCAAGCCUUAAGAUGCACAUGAACAUCCACACUGGAGAGAAACUGCAUGAAUGUGGGCAAUGCAGAAAAACUUUUAUUACGGAUACAGAACUGAAGCAGCACCAGAGGAUCCACACUGGAGAUAAACCUUACAAGUGUUCACACUGUGACAAGAGAUUCAUUCGGUUAGGACAUCUGAAAUCACACGAGAAGAUCCACACUGGAGAGAAACCUUACAUGUGUUCACAUUGCGACAAGACAUUCAGCCGCAAACAGAGUCUCAUGUUUCACACGAGGAUCCACACUGGAGAGAAACCAUACACAUGUGAUCAGUGCGGGAAGAGUUUCACCCAACCAUCAACCCUUAAGGAUCACCAGAGGAUCCACACCGGAGAGAAACCUUACAAGUGUUCACAAUGUGACAAGAGAUUCAGUCAGACAGGACAUCUGAAAUCACAUGAGAGGAUUCACACUGGAGAGAAACCUUACAAGUGUUCACACUGUGACAAGAGAUUCAGUCAGACAGCACAUCUGAAAUCACAUGAGAGGAUCCACACUGGAGAGAAACCGUAUCACUGCACUGUAUGUGGGAAGAGUUUCAGUGAUUUAUCUUCUCUACGCAGUCAUAAAAUAAACUAUCACAUUAAGUAAUUUAUCUCCAGGUCCAGUGCUUUUAAGUGCAAAAUUGCAUCUCUUCCAUAUUAAU